AUGGCUUGGUAUUGUUCUGCUAAUAGCAACGAAGGUCUUGUGAAUAACUUGAAAACGGCCAAAAUUAUUACUUCAAAACGGGUUGAGGAAGCUAUGAAAGCUACCGAUAGAAAAAAUUAUGUUUCUUAUUCUCCAUAUAGAGAUUCUCCUCAACAAUUAGGUUAUGGUGCCACUAUUUCUGCACCCCACAUGCAUGCUCAUGCUCUUCAAAAUUUGGAACCUUUUUUGCAGCCCAGUAUGAAAGUUUUGGACAUUGGAUGUGGAUCGGGAUAUUUAACGACAUGCCUUGCAGAAAUGGUCGGACCCGAAGGAAAGGUGGUUGGAAUAGAACAUAUUAAGGAACUUGUCAACAUGUCGAAAAAGAAUAUUCAAAAAGAUCGACCAGAUCUUUUGGAAUCUCAAAGAAUCAUAUUAAUUCACGGAGAUGGAAGGGAAGGUUAUCCGGAAGAGGCACCUUAUGAUUGCAUUCAUGUUGGCGCCGCUGCAGAUGAAACGCCAGAUGCAUUGAUCAAUCAAUUGAAAGCACCUGGACGAUUAUUCAUUCCUGUUGGAGGUAGAGAUCAGUACAUUUAUCAGAUCGAUAAAGACGAGAAUGGAAAUGUUACACAAAAGAAAGUGAUGGGAGUCGUGUAUGUCCCUCUUACGGAUGCCGACAAACAAUGGUCAAGAUAA